GUAUACCAGCACUCUAUUUAAGCAAGGUUAUCAGCAAGCAGCAAAUUCAGCAUUAACAUUCCCAUCACCACAUUGGUAUGGCAGUGUUAAACCCAUUUUCCCUUUUCAUACACGUCGUUUUUCUGUUGUUGUCCUUGCAUUCUGGCUCUCCUCUAGUAGCCGGCUUUGUCCAAGGCAGGAACAAGACCGACCAUCUAGCCUUGCUUGCAUUCAAGGCUGCAAUAACCAGUGAUCCCUUCGGAGCUCUGAACUCAUGGAAUGAAUCCAUCCACUUUUGUCAUUGGGUUGGCGUUACAUGUGCCCGCCAACACCAGAGGGUCAUCGUGUUGAGGCUUGAACAUCAUGAGCUCACUGGGUCUGUUUCGCCUCAUGUCGGGAACUUGAGCUUUCUCAGGGAACUGUGGCUGGGUAACAAUAGCUUGAGUCAUAAGAUUCCACCAGAACUCAGCUGCUUGAGGAGACUACGAAUAUUGACGAUGGUCAAUAAUUCGAUUACGGGUGAAAUUCCGACCAAUAUAUCUGGUUGCUUUAACCUUGUUGCUCUUGAACUCUCUCGUAAUCGACUGGUCGGGAAAAUUCCUACGGAGCUCGGUUCUUUGACUAAGCUGGAGAGAUUGCUGAUCGGAAGCAACAACAUAACAGGAGGUCUGCCUUCUACUCUUGGGAAUCUAUCUGCUCUUACGAAUCUUACUGCUUAUUACAAUAGUAUUACUGGGAAUAUACCAGAUACUCUUGGUGCAUGUAAAAAAUUGGAAGUUCUCAGAUUAGCGUUGAACAAGUUUGUCGGUACCUUUCCUUCCUCAAUCUACAAUAUCUCUUCCAUGAGAAACUUAAUAGUACCGUAUAACCAAAUUGAAGGCAGCCUACCCUCUGACCUAGGAAUCACUCUUCCUAAUAUUCAACGCCUGGUUCUUGGUGCCAACUUGUUUACUGGUUAUAUACCUAUUUCAAUAUUCAAUGCCACCAAACUAUAUGACCUUUCCCUGGGGGAAAAUAGAUUUAAAGGAAAAGUUCCUCUUUUAGAAAAGAUGCGUGAUCUUGAGGUGUUACUGUUACACCAAAAUCAUCUAGGAACAGGGGAAGUGGAUGACUUGAGCUUUCUAAACUCACUGACAAAUGCUACCAAGUUGCGUUUUCUGUCCUUGAGCGAGAAUAACUUCGGAGGGGUGUUGCCUGAAUCAAUAAGCAACUUUUCCACUCAUCUUAUGGUACUAGAGUUGGGUGGCAACAACAUAGGUGGGAGCAUCCCAACCGGGAUAGGGAAUCUUAUCAAUUUGCAAGUUCUUUUAAUGUUCGACAACCAUUUAAGCGGUAACAUUAUUGCUGAUAUUGGGAAGCUUCAAAAGCUACAGUUGUUGUCUCUCAAUGGUAACAAAUUCUAUGGGGAGAUCCCAACAUGUCUUGCAAAUUUAACUUCUUUAAGCCAACUUGUUUUGUCUGAAAAUAAUCUCCAAGGCAGCAUCCCUUCAAGUCUGGGGGAGUGUCAGUUAUUGCAGGUACUAUAUCUUUAUCGAAAUAACCUUAGUGGUAUCAUACCCAAAGAAGUUAUGAUCAGCAUCUCAUUGUUAUUGGCUCUAGAUCUAUCUGACAACAAUUUGUCUGGUAACCUUCCAAUAGAUGUAGGUAAUUUAAAAAAUCUAGAAGAAUUUGAUGCUUCUGAGAACACAUUGUCUGGUAGAAUUCCAAGCACUCUCGGUAGCUCUGUAAAACUAAGAUUUCUAAUACUUGGUGCCAACAAAUUCUGGGGAAACAUUCCUGCAACCUUAGCUAAUUUGAGAGGUGUGGAAGAAUUAAAUCUUUCUCACAACAAUUUCUCAGGACAAAUCCCAGAGUACUUGGAUGGCUUCAUCUUUUUAAAUACAUUAGACUUGUCAUUCAAUGAUUUUGAGGGUGUAGUACCGGAAAGAGGUGUUUUUAAGAAUGCAACCGCCAUUUCUGUUGAAGGAAACAACAAGCUCUGUGGGGGCAUAGCUGAAUUGCAGCUACAUAGUUGCAACUCUAAAAACAGUAGAAGGAAAGGAUUAAAUCCAAUUGGAAAACUAAUAAUCUUGGUAUCAUUUGGGCUUCUAGGACUACUUGUGAUGUUGGGUGUUCUGUAUCUUUGUUGGUCUAGGAGGACAACAAAAGUACCCUCAAUCCGAGAAUUAGGAAACUCAUUUCCGCAAUUAUCCUACCAAAGUCUACUUAGAGCAACCGAUGGGUUCUCUCCAUCCAACUUAAUUGGAGUGGGUAGUUUUGGUUCAGUUUAUAAAGGAAUUCUUGAUCAAAGUGGAAAAAUUGUUGCAGUGAAGGUUCUAAACCUUCAAUUCCGUUGUGCCUCAAAGAGUUUCAAAGCCGAGUGUAAAGCCAUGAAGAGCAUCAAACAUCGAAAUCUCGUAGGAAUUCUUACAGCAUGUUCGAGUAUCGACUAUCAUGGUAAUCAUUUCAAAGCCUUGGUUUAUGAGUUCAUGGUCAAUGGGAGCCUACACGAGUGGUUGCAUCCAAAUGGGAAUGGAGAGGGUGUACACGAGGAGCUAAGGAGUUUAAACCUGCUACAAAGGCUUCAUAUUGCAAUUGAUGUUGCUUCUGCUCUUGAUUAUCUUCACCAUCAUUGUUGGGAACCUAUAGUUCACUGUGACUUGAAGCCAAGCAAUAUUCUUCUGGACAGUGAAAUGACUGCACGUGUAGCUGAUUUUGGUUUAGCAAGAUUCCUUCUCAAAGCCACGCAUGAGUCUUCUGAAAUUCAAUCAAGCUCCAUUGGCAUGAGAGGGUCUAUUGGUUAUGCCGCUCCAGAGUACGGCAUGGGAAAUGAGGCCUCAACAUCUGGCGACGUAUAUAGCUAUGGCAUACUUUUGUUGGAGAUGUUCACCGGGAAGAGACCUACAGAUGGCAUGUUUACAGAUAAUCUAACACUCCACAAAUUUGCUAAGAUGGCUCCACCCGAAUCAGUGGAGAGCAUUUUCGACCGAACAUUGAUUCCGCAAGGACAAAUUGGCGAAGCAAGCACAAGUAUCAACAGCAUUAAGAAUCAGAGCUCUCUCAACAGUCACAAAAUUCACGAGUGCUUGACUUCACUACUUCAAGUUGGAAUCGCCUGUUCAAAGGUAGCAACAGAUCGACCGGACAUCAAUGAGGUUGUCACUGAUUUGCAUAAGAUCAAGAACAUUCUUCUUGGAAGUAGAGUACAUGGAGGUUGAAGAUCUAGAAUUCCUAUGUGAUCAAUGAGUAGGUAUCUGAGGUGUAGUUGGGGUUGAAGACACUUCUUGACGCAAUAGCUACAUGAUGCUUCAUAUUGCUUCUGCUGUUUGUUACAGACAUAUCGCAGUAUACUGUGCUGUAAUUUCCCGUUCAGCUCCUUUAUCGUUUUUAGUUUGCAACCUUCUUGAAUAAAUGUACUUCAAUAAGGCAGGGUUUGCUAUGAUGAUCUUGUACUAAUUCUUAUUAAUUCUGCAGUUUAAGUAGCUAGGCUAUGGAUUCCACGGUUUGCUCGUA